AUGCAGAAGGGAAUACGACUUAAUGAUGGUCAUGUCACCUACCUGGGUCUUUUGGCAAAGAAGGAUGGUACGAGGCGAGGUUGCUUGAGCAAAAGGAGCUCAGACAACACAAAAUGGCACACAAAGUGGUUUGCUUUAUUACAAAAUAUGCUGUUUUAUUUUGAGAGCGAGUCCAGCUCUCGUCCUGCGGGAUUAUACCUGUUGGAGGGAUGUGUGUGUGACAGAGCGCCGUCACCUAAACCCUCACAAUCAUCCAAGGAGUGUUUAGAAAAGCAGGUAGGAAUAGCACACACACAAGUUCACAACAUUGUUUCAUUUGUCUUUUUUUUUUUUUACGACUAUAAAGUUAUAGGUUGUCAUUGAAUAAACAUGAAUGAUGCACCAGUUACCGACGUGCAGAUAUCCUUAUGAUGAGGUUGAAAGCAGGUAGUCAUGUGAAUCAGAUGGUUCAGUGUUAUCAGUGCAUGUAGAGGAUAUUUUUGGGGAAAAGUAUCCUUCAUUAACCCCCCCCCCCCCCCACACACACACACACACACACAUUAUUUAUGCUAUUUAACCUAUCCCUCUUUAUCCACAGCAAGUAUUACAUUACAGUCCAGUGAAAUUAUAACCUACAGUUGGACUCUAUCAGAUUCAAUUCAGAGCCGUUUGCUCAGUGUGCGUGUGUUAUGUAAUCUGUGCAUCGGAUUAAUGAUUCCAUUAUCAACACCUAAUUGAAUACCGAGCUGCCUCGCGGUUUUACUGCAUUGUUUUUAUUAUAUUUUAUUAACAAGUAUUUAUUCGGUUUUGCUGCAUUGUGCCUAUAUCGGGUUUGAUUAUUUUAGACAAAAAUACAAUAGGCAAUUUAUUGUCAAUUAUGGAUUUCUACAUGGUCUAUAGGCCCACAUGUUUUUGUUUUUUUAUGUCGUUGAUCUGGAACUAUUGUUGUCAAACCUACGUAAUGUUAUCUCACUGUUAUACAGUCAAGUUUGGUGACACUGUUUUCUUUUCUUUUUUUAAGAAAAUUGCGCUAAAGAAAAAAAGGUAUUGCGUACCACAGUCGCCAUCUUGCGGAAAUUUGACGUAAUAUCACUGUUUGACGUAUUGAUUUAACUCUAGCACUGAUAUUAAUAGCAUCCUACCUUGGCAACUGAGUCUGCAGCAAAUAUUGUUUAAUAACAAGACCGUAGGCCAGUUACAACGGGCAUGGGGUCAUCAUCAAUAUUGUUGUUAUGUUUUGGAACACUGUAUUUUGCUCUCAGAGAAAUAGGAUGAGUUAUUCCUUCACAUUGGGAGCAGAGGAUGAGGCUGUUCAAAUCUGGAAGAAAAAAUAAAACAAUAAUUUGUCUUGAUUGGCUUCUUACUGUGGGCCUAUGAUGCUGCAACCUGGUCUCAGAUCAUUUCGUAUUAUUCUUUAUGUAAAUCCGAGACACUCCAUUUAGUAUGAUAUGUUAAGUGUCAUAUGGUAUGUAUUCAUUUGUGGAUGUUCAUCACCCAUUUCCUAUAGGCUGCAACCUGGUCUCAGAGCAUUUUGUAUUAUUCUGUCGGUAAAUCUGAGGCACUUUAAGGUUAGGGUUAAGUUUAGGAGUUAGGUUAAAGGGUUAAGGUUAGGGUUAAGGUUAGGAGUUAGGUUAAAGGUUUAAGGUUAGGGUUAGGGGAAGGGUUAGCUAAAAGGGUUAAGGUUAGGGUUAGGGUUAGCUAACAUGCUAAGUAGUUGCAAAGUAGCUAAAAAAUAUAUUUACACUCAAGUACUUUUAACUAAUGAAGCAUAUCCAUUGAUUUGGAAGAAUAUGAUUUACAAUACUGGAGUAGGCUAAUCCUGUAGAAGAAUACACCAUAAGAUCCUACUUCCUUACUUCAGAUAAAAUGGUUAACUGAUACUCUUCAUCUUCUUAUAUGGCUCAUCUUGUUUCACAUUCCUUACAGAAAAACAGUCAUGAAAAACAGAAUUAAAAGUGGUGGUGCAAUCUUGGUGUUCUCUAUUACUGAAAAGGAAAGUUAGUGUUGUGCACGUUAAGGAGGAUGUAAUGAUUGUGGAAUGUUUUGUGUGUAGGUUCAUUGGAUUGAGGCUCUAUCUGCUAGUAGUUCUGUUUACGUCUGUUCUGUUCUGUUCUGUUCUGUCUGCAGUCUCUAUCCAUGACUGUAUAGGGCUGCAGUCCAAAGUGAGUCCAGGCCUUUCCUGUGAACAGCUGUCCCUGUGCUGACAAAGCAGUAUGUGGCAUAUUGGCUAAUAUUUUGCUCUCCCAGUUCCCCUCAUAAGAGAAUGAAAACUCUGCAUAUCAUGAACGUACAAAUUGUUUCAGAGGAAUUUGUCAGGAAUUUCCUUCUUUUGAUCCAUCCUUUUCAACAUGAUUAUUGGGUGGCUUACUAAAACAAAACACAAGAUUAUAAUGUUGUUUUGAUAGUGUCUGAGAGUCUGUAUUUGAAGGAAUGAUCCAUUCCCAUCUGUCUCACUCCAUAGCUGCUAGAGUCAACAGGCUCUGUUCACAACUCAAUGCAAUGUUACAUAGUUCAGAUUAUAUUUGUCACACCCCAUUGCAUCCUACUAACAUCUCCAAGCCAGCAUACAUUACUUCUCAUAGCAAUUAUUUAUUAGAAAACAAGAACACCACCAUACUCUCACAUUUGUGAGUGUUCAUUGGCCAGUCAGUGUGAGCGAUGAGCAAUAAAUAAUAAAUGAUACGUAAUUUCUUUCAUAUAGAAGAAUGAGCAGUAUAUUCAUGCCUUGUGAGUAUGCAUAACCAUAGACCAUGCACCUUGUUUACACACAAAUAGCAAGUUCAUCCUUAAUGAAAAUAUAUAGGAUGGCACAGAGGCAGUCAACAGCCUAAAUCUGUGACAACCAUAGGAUUGGAGAUGUAGACUUUUAAAGUUCAAUCGAGUUUAAGGCUUAACUGAAUGAACAACGGAGACAAAAUACAAUAUGAAAGUUGAUUAAAAUAGGUUGGGGGAGUGGCCUUGUCUCAGAGGGAAGAUCCUUUGAUGGCAGGUAGUCCUCAACUACAUAUUAUCUUCAAUAGUCAUGGUAUGCUGGUUUGUAAUCAAUGUACUGUCCUAUUCAUAUAACCUGUACCAUAUUUAUCUCACUCUCAUUUCUGGCCUCACACAUUGGCAGCUUUAAUUGAAAUUUGACUGUGAAGUAAAAUGCUAUGAUGUAGGUCGUUGUGAAGUUUAACAGCUUAAGAGGCCACCAUAUUGAGGAGAGCACAGAAAGACAGGGGUGCUUGUGCUUCCUAAAGAAAGCAUUAAUGCCCCAGGUAGAAUGACAGGUCAGUAGACGUCUUGCCUUUCUCCUAUUUGCAUAAAAAUCAGGAGUUUGAAUGACCUUUGAACUGUUAACUCAUUACAGUUCUGGAUUGAGCAUUUAUUCCCACAUUCAAUGUAUCCCCAAAUGCUGUUAUCUAAAGAUUAUAAGGUAUUUUAGCCCAUGGUUCCUAUGGCAACCCUAUUUGCAUCUCAAAUAAUUAUGUGUGGAAGGACUCGGGGACUGCAGAGAGUAUCUGUGUGUCAUCGCGCCUCCCCUCCCUUCCACUAUUAACACAACCAACCGCUAUCUGUGCUAAAUUUGUUCCUUGCAGUACCUUGGAGGGGUCAGGGCACAUUGGGGAACAGCAGCAUUUUACAGCAUUUGGCAACCAGUGAUGGCUGUUGUUUUUCUGUUCUGUUCUUUCUUACCAAUCUAAAAAAUGCUAGCUGACAUAGGCUAAUUGAGUGAUCGUCAGUGUCUGACAUAAAAAGUUGAGACCCUGACUGAGUUCCUACAUUUUUUAUUUAAAUGCAUAGGCAGUCGUCUAGCUGACUAGCUAUGCCCCCUGAUAUUAAGAAACCAUUUAAAGUGUGUGUGUUAUGAUUCAGCUGUAAACAUAAAGCAUGAAGGAGGCUGUGUGUUAAACAAGCCACUAUCCCUUCUCUUAAAGAGAGGAUGAAGGAAAACUACGACAACAACAAGCAUGCAUCCCUGAAAAAAAUAGAUCUGAUUAUCUUUGAAGGGAGGAUGAAUACCAUUCAGCCAUGAAUAGUGAUGAGGUGCAGGUUGAUGGGCGCCUGUUGGCCAACGAUUAGGCUGGGCUUUCGCUCAACAUGGCUGCUGCCAAAGUAUACAUUAGGAGUCACCUUGAGUGUGAUUCCAAUGUGUGAGAUGUGAUAAUGCAGGCUGUUCUUUUGCCAAGCAGCGCUGAUCUUUUCCCUUGCUAAUCGUUGUGUGUUUUGGUGUGGUCAGUGCAUAUUUUCAAAAGAAAAGUGUAAGUGCACUGAGAUUCUUAUUUGAAGAAAGAAAAGUUAUCAUAUGUUAAUGGAGUGGUAAAUGUACAACAACAGUUAAGAAAUUGACUAAAUGUACAAAACAGAGUCUGGCAUGGUCUGAAAUGAACUUUUAGUCCACCAGCUAAUAUGGAUUGUCUAUGAUCGUUAAGUGACUGUGAUGGUUCGUACAUAGACCUAGUGGUGCUGGGGAAUUCAGCGUAGAGAAGGCCAGCUUAGUUAAAAUGGAGUGAGACAAGUAGCGCUAAGAGCCUAUCCAUUCGCACAGAGUGGAGUUGCUAGGUAACAGGUAGUGCACAGUUAUGUAAUUGGCAAUGCCUCCAGCUUACAUGUCUUAUGGCUUUUCCUCCUGGGAGCCAGAGCCAUCCAGGCAGCCAGGCAGUCAGAGGGAGGCUUCCUACUAAAAGCCCCAUUGAUCGAGCUGGUGGGUGAAGAUGUGGGUUUCCUUUCCCCACCCCCCUCUGUGCAGUGUACUCCCCUAAUGUCAACAAUGAGAAAGGGUACACACAAGCUUAGAUUGUGAGAGGGUUCAUGGUUUCAAUUAUGUGUGUCUGCAGCACACUGAUUUAAUGGCCAAAAAUACUCUUCAUAUUCUUCUGUUAAAAAUAUUAUUUUUGUGUAAUUGUGUUUGUGUUGUAGUGCCUAUACUGUGUAUUGUCUGACCUUUUCAUUGAAUUUUGUGGUUAUAAUAUGAUAGCUCAUUUAGAUUUCUAUGGACUGAGAAAAUACUUUUUCUCAUACAAUGUAUUAAAAAACAAAGAAUCCAAAUGCCGCUUUACCCAUGCAAUGUAGUAAUGUGUUUUAGAGCUAAUUAAGCCUUUGUUUUUCUGUGUGUUUCAGUACUACUUCACUGUAAAUUUCACCCAUGAAAACCAGAAAGCCCUGGAGUUGCGUACAGAGGAUGUAAAGGACGGUGAUGAAUGGGUGGCUGCAAUAACACAUGCCAGGUACCAGGCCUCUACUACAACCUGUCUACCUAGUCAACACCUGCAUCAACACACACAUGUGCUAUUAUUGAUGUCUACUGUAUGGCUGGGCAUGAGGAAUGGUUUGAAAUGUACAACUUGACUGUUGGGAUGUGAUAGAAGUGUCAUGCUGCAUUAAGGCAAUGUUUUUGACAUACAUUUCUGGGGACAAAUGCUGUAGAAAACCUGAUAGGGACCUUGAGAAUAAUUGUUUAAACAUUAAUGUCACCUGAGGUAAAAGUAUGUAUGCGGCUCAUGUUAAAACAUAUUGCUGAUAUACUCUGGUUUUAGAUGAUGUUAUUGAACUGUUAGUAGAAAAUUGGUAUUGUAUAAUUUCAGUUGAAUGAAACAGGGUGACUGGUGAUGUAGCUUACUGUAUAAUAAUUAUUGUGAAAUAAGCAGUGCCAUUGUAAUGAUUGGUGGUCUAUUGUGACUGUGGAUUUGGGCACAGCUCUGAGGUUAUUCUGAACAAUAUGGGCCUGCUGUAUUUUGAUUGGUUAUCUCCUAUGAGAUGUGCAGCAAUGUAAUGUAGCUACACUUAACUGAGCACAAAGGAUAUGAAUAUUCACACCACUGCAUUAUGAGGCUGUUCAUAGACCUACACACCUGAGAGUGCUGUAUGGGUACAUAUGUGACUGGUGGAUGUAUACAGUCUGCAUGGGGGAGCAUACAGUCUUGAGUGUGUCUAUCUGGACCUCUGAAAGUAUGGAAACAUGUCUGUGGAGAGUUGCUGCAGUGUGUGUGAGUGUGUUUCCUAUCCACAGUUACAGGAACCUGGCCACGGAGCACGAGACGCUCAUGCAGAAGUAUCUCCAUCUAAUUCAGAUCGUGGAGACAGAGAAAACGGUUGCUAAGCAACUUCGACAACAGAUAGAGGAUGGGGAAAUAGAGAUUGAACGGCUAAAAUCAGAGGUAAUAUUCAUUAUGAUUCCUUCUGCCUCAGUGGGGGAUUGUUAUGUUUUUUUUUACUAAACAGGAAAGGGUUUGGAGCUUGUGUGGGAUCUAGCGCAACUACAGUACAGUGAAAUAUCUCUCAGGAGCACCACUCAAGAUUUCUAGGAUUUUGUCAUCUGAGUGAACUAAAACGGAUAAUGGCUGUGCUAGUUGUUUCUUUAUGUCUAUAUCAUUUAAUAAUACGAGAGAGAGAGAGAUUCGGAUAGAUUGGGAGAGCCACUCUGUCACAAAGAGAUGCAGACCCACCACUUUACAUCUCCACUCACAAGCAAUCCCUCCAAUAGAGCUAUGCUCCCUGCUGUAUUCUUCAGAUCAAAUAGUCAUUUUACUUUAAUGUGCAAAUGUUGGCCUUGAAAUGAAAUGGUGUGCUGAAUAUGCAUGAACAAGGCUUUAUUAUACAGAGUGCUAUCACCCCCCCCCCCCACCCCAAAAAAAAGAAAUAACAUUACAAUAAACUCUUUCAGCCUAUACAAAGUCAAUGGAGACACUUCCCUUCAGACAGUUCUGAGUAGCUCCCAGCUCUUUGUGCAACACAUUUAUCGCUGUUCUAUGUACAGCAGCACAGUAUCGCACAGUGUGAGUCUGCAUUUCUAACCAAUGGAAAUGAGUGCUGAUGUAGAGAUAUCAGCCAAGUGAACAUAAUUAGUAUUGCCACCACUACUACCACAUGUCAGAGCUGGCAGCUUUGACAGCCUCUAAACUCAUUUGGCACAGUCACUUUACCCCUACCUACAGUCACUUUACCCCUACCUACAUGUACAAAUUACCUCAACUAACCUGUACCCCCGCACAUUGACUCGUUACUGGUACACCCUGUAUAUAGCCUCAUUAUUGUUAUUUUAUUGUUUUACUUAUUAUUAUUUCUUUUUUUGUACUUUAGUUUAUUUAGUAAAUAUUUUCUUAACUCUAUUUUCUUAAAACUGCAUUGUUGGUUAAGGGCUUGUAAGUAAGCAUUUCACGGUAAGGUCUACACCUGUUUGUAUUUGGCGCAUGUGACAAAUAAAAUGUGAUUUGUUUUGAUUUGAAUAUGCUGGGAAGUGAGGAGGAAACUUGGAGAGCAGGUUGUGAGUGAUGAUGACUGGUGGAUCCUGUCUGUGGCUGUCCUCUCUGGCAGAUUUCCGGGCUGCACAAAGACAACGGGAAGAUCCAGUCGAGUCCAACAGCCGAACCCAGUGAAGAUGAUGACUCUGAACUCAAGAAAAUAAAAAAAGUACAUAUUUACACAAAAGAUUUUCGACUCUAUUUUCAGUAUAUUUGCCAAUGAUGCGGGAAAAAAACUCACCUUCCAUUCCCCAUGAUUCCGGUGGUCCACUAGGUGCAGAGUUUCCUACGAGGCUGGAUGUGCAGGAGGAAGUGGAAGACCAUCAUCCAGGACUACAUCCGGUCUCCCCACGCAGAGAGCAUGAGGAAGAGGAACCAGGUGGUGUUCAGCAUGCUGGACUCUGAGGCUGAGUAUGUCCAGCAGCUCCACAUACUGGUCAACAACUUCCUCCGACCGCUCCGUAUGGCCGCCAGCUCCAAGAAACCACCCAUCACCCACGACGACGUCAGCAGCAUCUUCCUCAACAGGUGUGCAGCUGUAGAUGAUCACACCAAGCUAACCACUCACACUGCUGUCUCUCACCUCUCUCUGGGAGACAGUGAUUCGACUGUCUCAAUGCCUUAGGAGUUUAUGUUCAUGCAUUACAACUAUGGUCGAUAAUGAAAACAUAAUGACCCUGAGAUGUGAUGGCAUUAUACUGUGUCAAAGCCUCAUUCUAAGAUAUUUAUUUUGUAUUUUAUUUAAUCUUUAUUUAUAUAGGUAAGUCAAUUAAGAACAGAUUCUUAUUUGCAAUGACAACCUGUCAAGAGGCAAGUGCAGCGGUAUAAAAUCUUAACACACUUGCACAUACAGGCAUAUUCGCUGUUUGCAUGUUUGAAUCCUUUUCACCUAACUAUGGCUAGUUGUGAUGCGUGUGAUAGAAGGAGUCAGGCGCAGGAGAGUAAUACGCAUCCAAAGAGUUUAUUCCGUUGAUAAACAGUUGCGCAAGCAUGCGACAACAACACUCAGGCACAGGGGAAAAUACUAUCCUGGCAACAACAAGGUAAGGGUAGCUCAACCGAGCUACACACAGCUCACAACAAACAAUCACCCACACAGACAAGGAAGCAGAGGGAACACUUAUACAAUGACUAAUUGGGGAUAAGGACCAGGUGUGUGUGAUUAAUAGACAAGACAAGUGGAGUGAUGAUAAAUGGAUCGGCAGCAGCUAGUAAGCCGGUGACGACGAACGCCGAAACCUGCCCGAACAAGGAAGGGAGGCAGCCUCGGCGGAAGUCGUGACACUAGUGUAUAUUUUUCUCAGAAUGGACACUUAACGUCUUGUUGAUUUCCCCUUUACUUUAGUGAGACCAUCAUGUUUCUGCAUCAAAUAUUCUACCAAGGGUUGAAAGCAAGAAUAGCAAGCUGGCCAACAUUAGUUUUGGGUAAGCUGACUAAACUACAUUUUUCGGGGUCAUUCAAUGGAUGGAUGAAUAUGAUAAUACUAUGUCCUAAAUGUCCUCAUAUAUCAUCUAUCAAUCUCUCAUUCACUUGUUGGUCCUCUCUCUUCACAGCGGACCUGUUUGACAUCCUGCUGCCCAUGCUAAACAUCUACCAGGAGUUUGUGAGGAACCACCAGUACAGUCUGCAGAUCCUGGCACACUGUAAACAGAACCGAGACUUUGACAAGCUGCUGAAGCAGUAUGAGGCCAAGCCAGACUGUGAGGAGAGGACUCUGGAGACCUUCCUCACCUACCCCAUGUUCCAGGUAGGCAUACUGUACUGUAAAUUCCACUAUCUUCUCAUUGACUGUCCAGCCCCCGUCUCUCAGCUCAAACAGCUCUCUCAGUUCAGACAAAGGCUCCUCCAUUGAUCACCAACAACAGAGUAGCCGUUUGUCUCACAUGCCUUUGCUCAGAAUAUCCCUGUUGUUUUUUUCAUAACCACAUAAACCGGUUGUUUGUGAAGCUCACGAUUUCAUAAUGGCUCUUUUCUGGCAAGGCAUGCAGUUUCAGUGCAGUCUGCUGGACUGGGGUCUACUUUGGACUCUGCUGUGUUGGUAAUACAUUUCUACUGAUGACUGUGGAUGUGCAUAGAGGUCCCUACUGAUCUGCUGCUAUGAGUUUGAUUGUGUUCAUCUGUGUGUGUGUGUGUGUGUGUGUGUGUGUGUUUGCACGCAAUCUUUUAUGCAAGUGUGUGUGACUCACCUGCCCCUAUUCAUUCACUGUCACUCCAGAUUCCCCGCUACAUUCUUACUCUCCAUGAGCUCCUGGCCCACACACCACAUGAGCAUGUGGAGAGGACGAGUCUGGACUACGCCAAGUCAAAGCUGGAGGAGCUGUCCAGGUAUACCUGCCCUACCACCUUAUAGCGCCAAAGCAGCACACAGGACACCUCCGUUUAUCAAUGCUUACUGGACAGAAUGUAUGCACACUGACAAAGUGAAUACAAUGACGUUCCAUAUGUGAAAAGACCAACCUCUCUGCCCCUAGAAUCAUGCAUGAUGAGGUGAGCGAGACAGAGAACAUCAGGAAGAACCUGGCCAUUGAGCGCAUGAUCGUAGAGGGCUGCGAGAUCCUCCUUGACACCAGCCAGACGUUCGUCAGACAAGGUAAGCUCACAGAGAAGCUACACAAAGGAACUCCAGAUCCCACAUAAAGACAGAAUCAUAGAGGUGGAUUUUCUACCUCGCAACUGUUUGACUGCCAGUGCCUUUGUGUUCUCACAACUUCAAACCUCCAUAGGCCUACCUGAGCCUCCAUAAGGGAAAUACUUAACCAGCAGCUUGGGCCAUAUAAUCUUGUCUGCCUUUAUAGCAUGUACUGAAAGUGGGCCAACUCUUUCAUUUCCAAGGGUAAUCAGGCUGUUAGGAGGCAUUCCGAUGGUGAUUCAGGGACUGUAAAUGUCAUACAUCCCCAACGGACUUUGAUGGACAUAUAAAGAAGAGGCAAAUCAUAUAGAGAAAUGGUUUAACCCUACAGUAUGUAUAUAUCCCCCCAGUCAUUGAACAGGUGGAGGAGGCCUCUCCCAGUCUUGCAGUACAGUUGAUCUGUGGGCCCUCAUCACUAACUUGACUCCCCGCUGUCUGUCUCUCCCCCUUCUGCCAUACAGGCUCUCUCAUCCAGGUGCCAAUGAGUGAGAAGGGCAAGAUCACCCGUGGGCGACUGGGCUCUCUGUCUCUGAAGAAAGAGGGGGAGAGGCAAUGCUUCCUCUUCUCCAAGCAUGUCAUCAUCUGCACCAGGGGCUCUGGAGGGAAACUGCACCUCACCAAGGUGGGCCUGCCUUGGGCAGCUGAGCCUGCUAUACAAUCCCUUAAGAUGCAUCCUGGACCAAAACAAAUUACAAUACAUAGAUGAGGCUUUCGUUAAUACCAAUACAUAUAAUCAUGGUCCUAUGAUAUUGAAGUCAACCCACUCUUAAAGGAGUCCCUUAUUACUUGGGUGCUGAUUUACUCUGUUUAUUGACCUGUAGUCCUACAUGUGUUGAAAGGUGUCAUGCUACAUAAUAAUAUCAGUGAUAUUGUUAUUGAUUAUUCAGUAGUGGAGGGGAUUCUUGGAAUGUGGUUGUGAGUGUGCUAAUGCAUAUUGUAUGUUGUUCUCAGAAUGGCGUGGUCUCUCUUAUUGACUGCACUCUUCUGGAAGACCCCGAGGGGACAGAUGAUGAGGGUAAGCACCGCACUGUUUCAUUCCUAUCUCACUGAAAUAUGGAGCACAUAUGCUUACUGUAUGUAGAGUGUAAGAUAUGGUAAGAUUUAGUAUUACACUUUUAUGAAGUAUACUGUUCAUUUAGAAGUACAAUAAACCUCUAAUUUAUGCCAUAGUAAUGACCCAUUUCUCCUAUUCACCUCUGUUUGUUUUGCCCAAAGCCAAACCAGACAAGGGUGUACAGGACAUGGAGCACCUGGACUUUAAGAUUGUGGUGGAGCCUAAAGAAGGCCAGUCGUUCACAGUGAUCCUGGUGGCCUCCUCGCGGCAGGAGAAAUCUGCCUGGACCAGUGACAUCAGCCAGGCACGUCUGCUCUGCUCUCCUCUGCUCUACUCUGCAUGCAUCACGUCUGUCUGUCUCCAGCAGGGAGACAUGGGGCCUGGGUGUCUGUCUGCAGAGUGGCUGUUCUCACACCUUUCCUCUCCCUUAACCUUCCCUCUCCCUUACAGUGCAUAGACAACAUCCGCUGCAAUGGGCUUAUGAUGAACGCAUUUGAGGAGAACUCUAAAGUUACCGUGCCACAGAUGAUCAAGUAAGCCCCAUUCACAACCACAGCCAAACAGUCAAUGGGAUUAUCAUGCACCAUACCGAUCUUUGUGUGGUCUUUAUUUGUGUGUUCUAGUGUUUUCAUAUGCGUUUGUGUUUUUUUUCUGUGAGCAGGUCGGACGCCAGCCUCUACUGUGACGACGUGGACAUCCGUUUCAGUAAGAUGAUGAACUCGUGUAAGGUGCUGCAGAUCCGCUAUGCCAGCGUGGAAAGACUUCUGGAGAGGCUGACCGACCUGCGCUUCCUCUCGAUCGACUUCCUCAACACCUUUCUGCACUCCUACCGCGUCUUCACCAGCGCCGAUGUGGUGCUGGACAAACUCAUCACUAUCUACAAGAAGCCCAUCAGUGCCAUCCCAGCCCGGUAAGGCCAUAAAAGAGCUGCUAAUGCUUUACCAUUUAGCCUUGACUUUGACCAACACAGUCAGAAAAAUCUCAAUCUAUCUCAUGCAUAGUGCUGUUUAAAGAUGAUACAUUGCCAGUGUUUUUGCAUGGCCUUGGCCCCUACACAGUAAUGAGGGCUGUAGUUAGGGCUGGUGAUGAUAACAUCCCCUGACAGGCCCAGCAGCCUCUGGCCUCCUUUGGCUGCCUCUCUCUCCUCUAGCCCACCACUGAUCUCCUCACAGCUCUUUUUCCACAGCCCACAGUAUUACUUCUUUACCAUGUGUGUUUGUAUGUGUGUGUGGGUGGGUGGGUGGGUGGGUGCAUGUGCGUGCGCACGUGUUUGUGUAUCUGUGUGCCUGCAUGUGUGUGUGAUGGAAGGUAAGGUGAGGAGAGCUGGGUAGAGGUCAUGUCUGUGUGUGUCAGUGUGGUUGGUGUGUGUUCUGUGUGAGAAGGCAGUAAUUGGGCCCAGACUCUUCUUCUGCCUGCCUAAGAGCGUCUCAGCAGGGCUCUGUCGCUGUCACCUUAGCAACUGGCCUCUCUGCUGCAGGACCCCACCCUCCCCUGGUCUGCAGAGGAUCUAUAGUAUGAAAUAUUUAUGGUGCAUGUUGUCGGCCAGAGCAGAGCAGAGCCUCUCUCCGGCCCAGGAGAGUGAGCUCAGCUCCAAGGCUCAGAUCAGGGGGAGCUCCCUCCCCAUGCCCACACUCUGCAGCAUGUUCUCCUGUGGAGCCUGUCAUGUCUCUGUGAGCCACCGCCACUCUAAUGCUUGUUUUAGCAGCAUGGCCGCUCGCUCUGUCACUCGCUGUGCUAUUUAUGGAAACCCGUGAGGUCGCAAGGAGGGUGGCAGUGAGCGGGAGAGAGGCUGCAGAAGCACCAUCUUGCUUUGUUGCUGUUGACAAUGUAUUGAUUCAUUUUUGUCAUUUAGCAGACGCUCUUAUCCAGAGCGACUUACAGUAGUGAGUACAUACAUUUUCAUUUGUACUGGUCCCCCGUGGGAAUCAAACCCACAACCCUGGCGCUGCAAGUGCCAUGCUCUACCAACUGAGCCACACAGGACUAUUGAUAGAACACAGAAAGACAUGGAUAAUUCUGAUCUCUUUGUUCUUUGCAAGGAUGUACUGUAGCUAAAGUACAUAGUUACAGUACAUCCUUCUGACUAAAAUAAAAUGUUUUUUUUUUUUCCUGAUGCAGAUCCCUGGAGUUGUUCUUCGCCAGCAGUCAGAACAAUAAACUCCUAUACGGGGAGCCUCCCAAAUCCCCCAGGGCCAGCCGUAAGUUCUCCUCACCCCCUCCCCUGGCUAUCACCAAGACAUCGUCCCCCAACCGCCGACGUAAACUCUCCCUCAACAUCCCCAUCAUCACUGGGGGCAAGGCUCUGGACCUGGCCGCCCUCAGCUGCUCCUCCAACGGCUAUGCAAGCAUGUACUCCUCAAUGUCCCCCUUCAGCAAGACCACCCUGGACAUCAACAAGCUCUAUGUCACCAGCCCCAUCACCAGCAAGAUCCCUGAUGAGGGAGAGGGCAAGACAGACAAGGCAGAGGAGACCAUUUUGUCUAAACAAGGUAAGCCAGCUAAUCUGCAUUGUGAAGGUGUGGUAUAUAUAUAUGUCCUUAUUGGUGCUUCUUAAGAGGAAUAUUGGGCAAUUUAUUUGAAUAUAGCACAGGAUUUGAAUCAUGACAGGUGUCUAGAAUGUGGUAUUUACUGACCUGUUUUGCGCUUGGUGUACUGUAGAUAUUUCAGUUCCGGAGGAAAGUGACAUUGACCAAAACCAGUGCGAUGACGCAGACCCAGAAACGUCUCCUACCAAGUCGCCAACCACCCCCAAAAACAUGAAGUGCAAAAACUCUUCAGGUACAUUGUGUCCCAGACAGCACAGUGGUGUCAUUAUCGCUCAGUGCCAUGAUACCAGAGCACCUGGAUCACAUGCUGGCAUGCCACCUGCAUCCUCCUCUCAGCCAAAAUGCCAUAUGUAUCAAUAACUCAAAUAUGCUCUCCUGUUUGACAAGGGAAACA